CAAAAGGUCUGCAGCUAAGAGAUUUCUACAACCUGUAAGUUAUGACUAUCUUGUUCUUUGCUUGUUACUACGAUUAGAAAAAGAUUACCUUAUAUUCUUGAUAUGUGCUUUCCUUAGAUUUUUUAAAAACUAACUCGUUUAUCUUUACUUAACCAGGGGUGGUGAUGUUUCAGUAAUUCAGUGGGUGGCAAGAGGAAAAAAUUUCAUGAGAAUGUCUACUUGUGUUUCUGAGGAGAAUUUGAUUGUGACUACACAAGAAGUUAGGGAUGGUUCCAAAGUAGCACCGGGGGAUGUAGUAACUGCAUCAAGACGUGUCUCUACCGAAGCUUUAACCUUGGGAGAUCUUAUGUCAAUGGAAGAUUCCCAAAGGUCACUCAACAACAGCAACACUCAUGGACCUGAAGAAAACAUAGACCGUGAAACAGAAGAUGAGAUAACAGAGGAGUCAAUGGAAGGUUCCCAAAGGUCACUCAACAACAGCAACACUCAUGGACCUGAAGAAAACAUAGAGCGUGAAACAGAGGAACCAGUAGUAGGGAGCUUGAGAUAUCUUUCCUCUGUGAUUGAGGAAUCUUGCGAUCACGAUCUCUUCUCAAGACGUCCAUCUCGUAUGACUAACUCUGGACCAAGCUCAGCUCGUAUGAUUGACUCCGAACCAAUCUCAUUCUCGGGAUUCCGCUCAGUUCGUUCUGAAGGAAGCUCAGUCAGCGCAAGCUCCUUUGGUUUCCCAAUGUAAGUAAACACACACUCACCUACAUAUAACAUAUAUAUAUCAACUUGAUCGUGUAAACUUUAAUUUUGUGAAAUCUCUGUUACAGCUUGCAAUCAGAAAGGAACAUCAGUCCUGUAAGAAUGGUGACAGCUAAGAGGACAAAACGUGGAAAGGCUAAAGGGUGGAGGCAUUACUCUCUUCUUCUCUGUUGUAGGUUCUGAUGGAGUACUCUGCCUUUCUCUCAGAGGGUUUCUUUACCUUUAUAAGUUCUAUUCAGUUUACAGAUCAUUCAAAAACUCAUGACGAGUGGUUUAGUAAACUUAUCUUCUGUAUGCCUCAAACACUUCAUCGUGGCUUUAUAUAUAUCUAUGCUAUUUCUUCUUUCUUUUCCAGUUUCACGCAUUGCUUCAGUCACAAGGUACAAACCCUAAAUUCUCUUUGAAGUCUUGUUUUCCUUCAUCCCAUAAACUUUUCUGAAUUCUCUGAUCUUCUUCUUUCUCUCGGUUGUGUCACCUCCCACAUUCUGCCUAUGCUUUCCAUUAGAUAAAAUGUUUCGCCAAUUUCUACAAACACCAAUCAUCAAAAGUUCAAGUUAAGAAGUGAGCCGACCCGCUGACCCACACACAAAAAAAAGGUAACCAAAAGGCACACAUGAAUGAUGCAGAGAGAAUAUAUACAAAAAAAUCAAGUGUCAACAACAUCACAACACACUUAAACAUUUGUCAAAAGUCGGAAAAUAAAAAUGGAACCUUAAAUCAUUCUUCACACAUAUCAAAAAGAGAUACAAUCAUUCUUUUUAGUAAAGCUUUUCUAAAAUUUUAGCUCAAGCAACAAUCAGAUAAAGCCUUAAAGAAAACAAAACAAUCAAUUUUUAAGUGGAUUAAGCAACAAUUUACAUCACACAAGAAGAUAAUCUAUAAAUCUUAAAGAGAGACACUAUCACCUAAACCUCAUCGCC